CUCCAUACAGACAAACACCACGAGAUUAACACCGCCGCAUCGUAACGUACGCGCACAAUGGCCACGAGCACAGCGGCAGCGGCGUCGCCAAUGCGUUUCGGCUACGUCCUCCUGGCCUCGCUGCUCGCCGCGGCGGCCGGCGCCGACCUGGGGAACAUCGGCGUGUGCCACGGCCGCGUGGGCGGCAACCUGCCGGCCCCUGAGGCGGCCGCGGCGCUGCUGAGGAGCAACGGGAUCGCCAAGGCGCGGCUCUUCCUCCCCGACCCGGCCGUGCUCCCGGCCUUCGCCGCGGCCGGCAUCGACCUCACCGUCGGCGUGCCCAACGAGAACCUCACCUUCCUCUCUGCGUCCGGGCCCGACGGCGCGCUGCAGUGGCUGCGCUCGAACGGGCUCGCCGCAGGCCCAGUCGCCGGCCGGCUGCGGUACCUCGUCGUCGGCAACGAGGUGCUCUACAACAACCAGUUCUACGCGCCGCACCUGGUGCCGGCCAUGCGGAACCUGCACGCCGCGCUGGCGUCCCUCGGGCUCGACGGCGCCGUCAAGGUCUCCUCGGCGCACGCCUCGUCGGUGCUCGCGUCCUCCUACCCGCCCUCGGCGGGGGCCUUCGACGCCGCCCAGAUGGACGUGCUCCGGCCCAUGCUGCGGUUCCUGGCCGACACCGGCGCGCCCUUCAUGCUCAACGCCUACCCGUUCAUCAGCCACGUCGGCGACCCGGCCAACGUGCCGCUCGCCUACGCGCUCGGCGCCUCCGACGAGCCCGUGGUGCGCGACGGCGCCCUGGCGUACGCGGGCCUGUUCGACGCGACCGUGGACGCCGUGGUGGCAGCGCUGGAGCGGGAGGGCUUCGGCGGCGUGCCGGUCGCGGUGACCGAGACCGGGUGGCCCACCGCGGGGCACCCGGCCGCGACGCCGGAGAACGCGGCGGCUUACAACGGGAGGAUGGCGGAGCGGGCGGCGCGGGGCGUCGGCACGCCGCGCCGGCCCGGGGCGCCCGUGGAGGUGUUCCUGUUCGACCUCUACGACGAGGACGGCAAGCCCGGCACCGAGUUCGAGCGCCACUUCGGCAUCUUCCGGGCCGACGGCGCCAAGGCCUACAACAUCAACUUUGCCUAGUAGAGCUGCUUGUAUGGAGAUGAUAAGCACGCUGUUGAUCUGUGGAUCAACCGGCCGAUAUGCUAACGUGAUCUAUCGAUGUAUCUCCUGCUAAUCUGUUAUGUUAAUUGCUACGACUUGCACUUCAUGAUUUCA